CCUGUGAUUUGUAAACGCGGACUCAAGGAGAACAAUUUUGACAGUUCUUUGUUCGUACCAGUUAAAAAGAGAAGCACGAAAUAAUAGAAACAAAACAAUUAUUAAAAAAUAAACAUUUUUCCUUUCAUUUUGAUAUUGGGCUAAGCCGUUGAGAACAAAGACAGUUUUGUUUACAAAAAUUAACUGCGAUCGAUAACCCCGUCACUGCUUUUUGCUGGCUCUGAAUUGUAAACAAACACACACACGCACAAUUCAUUCUCGAUCUGUAUCUAUGUUAAAAACAAUCUGAAAGAUGCAUUUGCUGUCGCAUUCCACGGCGAGUAUCUAAAGCAGCAGCUGCAAAUUAUAGCUGACUGCUUCCUAUUAUUGUUAUUGUUUUAAAAACCGAAACAUACGUGCAUAGAAUAAGAGCGGGAGAUAAUCGGCAUUCGAUUGAAUUUAAACAACUAUUGAGAAGUGAACUAAACAAAUCAAUUUACGUAUUAAAUUCAAUUUGUGUGUGGUUUUGGAAAUAGUUGUGUGGACAAGUUUGUAUUAAAUGAAAAAAACAAAAUUUGUGGCUAGAUGUUUUGCAAGCAAACACACACACUCACAAAUCGUCUUGUGAGAUGAAAUUAUAGAAUAGAAUCCAGCAGCAGCCAGACUGCCAGACAGACGGACAAAUGUGAUGCGAUGUGUGGAGCCAGCCAGCAAAUACAGUAAACUGGUUGCCCUCCUUACUUUGCCCUAAAUUUGGAAUGAAAGCUUUGAAAGAGAGUAAAGAAGAAUGUGAAACAGAAAGAAUGAAAAUUAGUAACACAAACAAACGCCAAUUGUUUUUGUAACGAGAAAUUAAAGUGAAAUGAAUGAACCAAUUGUAAACACAGCAUUUGAACAUCCCAAUAGCUGGCCAACCUAUCUCCACAGUUGGGUUAUCUUGAAGCGUAACUAAUCGCGAAGUGUAUUUAUUAUCGGCAUCAUUAUCGCCACCCACAAAACUGGCCGUUCGUUCGUACGUUCAUCGGGUGUACCAAAGGUCUUUGUUGCAGAUUUGUGUCCCAGCCUAAGGGACGGGGAUGGUGUCUGAAUGCCUUGUCUGCCGCCUUUGUUAUCUAGAUGUAUGAGACUGUGACAUUUCGAAAACAAUAACUGGAGCAGGCUAAGUUGAACAGUGGGAGGCGAGUGCGACAAUCUACUCAUGUUUGUCGUGUAGUUGACGACUUCUGUGGUGCUCUGGCUCGGUUCACCGUUUUGUGUCUAGCCAGUCUCAUUCGUUCGCUAUGUUUAUUUAAUUCAAUUGCCGCAGCAAUAUUGUAAACACAGAAUUUCAUUGCAUCAUUAGAGAGAACAAAACAAAAAAAAAAAAAAAAACACAAAUACCAAUUGAAGGUGGUAUAUGACACCCCUGGAAAACAUCAUCGUCUGGCGCUUGCAGCAUCUCAAGAAUACACAUAGAUGGUUAAUUGUACACUAUGGUAAAAUCAUUGGUAUCGAAACUGUCUGCAGCCUCGUCGACACUCUCCAUUGCCAGUAGUUUUAGUAGCAGUCAUUCCAAACAUGAUGCCAGCACCCACAAUGGGACAUCGACAGCCAUCUCUGGGGACAAUUAUAUGAAGUAUCGUAAUGAUCCGGGGCGUUUCUUUGGCGAUGGCGUACAAUUCAAAGCCAAACUCAUUGGCAUUCUGGAGGUGGGCGAGGCACGUGGCGAUCGCAUGUGCCAAGAGGCCCUACAAGAUUUGAAAAUGGCCAUUAGGGCAGCUGGAGAGCACAAGCAACGCAUCACCAUACAUGUAACCAUUGAUGGCUUGCGAUUGCGUGAUGAGAAAACUGGUGACUCUUUGUAUCAUCAUCCGGUGCAUAAAAUAUCGUUUAUUGCCCAAGAUAUGACCGAUUCACGGGCAUUUGGUUAUAUAUUCGGUUCACCGGAUAGUGGUCAUCGAUUUUUUGGGAUUAAAACGGAUAAGGCUGCUUCACAGGUGGUACUGGCUAUGCGUGAUCUCUUUCAAGUGGUGUUUGAGUUAAAGAAAAAGGAAAUUGAAUUGGCACGCCAGCAGAUACAAUCGAAAUCUAUGCAUCAUCAUGAUCAACAUCAAUUGUCGUCGUUGUCAUCGCUGAAGAGUGCCGGUACAACAGGUGGUCAAAAUGAUUUGUCCGGUGGUUUGGGUGUGGGAGGUUCAAGCAAUUCCGCAGCCACUCUAAGUAUGUUAAAUAAUAUGGCCAGUAGUUCUACAAACACGCCAUCUAAUAACCGUCUAGGAGUCAACAUUGAUUCGAAAGGAGCUUCAAAAGAGAUAUCUCCAGAAUCUGUGGCAGAUUUAGUCGACCUAGAACAGGAGUUGAGUUCUCUACAAAGAGGUAUUAACCAAAUGGAACGCAUAACCCCAAAUGAUGGCACGGUAUCUAAAAACUCAAUUGGAAAUGAUGAUCCCUUUGGCGAUUCCUUUUCCAAUUUUCCGGCCUUGCCACCACCAGAACCUGGACGUUCGCGUAGCAAAACUUCAGCCAAAAGUAUUGAUUUAUCGAACACAGCCAAUGUUGCUACCUCGUCGUUGCUCUCCCCUUCUGCCACACAGACACGACAGUCACCCGUCUCUUCAACGGGUACAUGUGCCAUUGCACCAUCUCUACAGCCCAUGGACGAUGAUGAUAGUUGGUUGCGUGAAUUAGAUGCCCAUAAUGAUGUGUUCGAUACAUCAAAAACCAUGAUGCCUGGUCUAAUGGGUAUGCCGCCAUUAGCCUCAGCGCUAGCCAGCAGUGUACCUCUGACAUCACGUGCCCCAUUGGCACCCCGUGAAUCUACUGCAACACCUCCCAGUCAUAUUUAUGAGACUGUUUCAUGUUCGACAUCGUCUGCCAUGCCGACUAUGAAUGAAAUAACAAAUAUCACCAAUACAACUACGGCCACAAAUGCCGAAACGAAUUCCAUAGCAAAUAGUUCUAGUCUUACGGAUAUUUUCCAAACGACAGCUGCCUCAGCAGAUACAUCAAAAGUAGAAAUAAAAUCCGAUGCAUUUACCGAUUUGGAUCCAUUAGGUACUGGUCGCAUACGACCAUAUGUUGAUAAGAAAUAUUUUUUCCAAGAGCUUAAAAAUCCACCAAAAAAAGUUUUGAAAGAUCUCACAGCUAACUCUUCCGUAACAUCGUCGUCCACUUCGCCGUCAUCGCUGUUGACAGCUGUAACCUCAACGUCAACAGCGGCAGCAGCAGGCGCGCUCAAUGCAUCCGCAGCAACAGCAGCAGCAGCAGUGGCGACAACUGCCAGUCUAACAUCAUCAACAUGCCCAACUGCUUCAUCUGCGUCAGAUCUUUAUUCCAUGGCUGAGACUCAGAAAAUAUAUAACAACAACAGCAACAACACCAACAAUCAUUUAUUGCAAUCAUCAUCCGUUACAGUUAGCAAUGAAAUAUUGAAUCUGCAGGAUUUCGAUAUGAUUUCGAGACAUAACCCCCAACCACAUUCUUCAAUGAUACUAACGUCUUCUAACAUUAACUCUUUACUAACAACAGCAGCCGCCGCAGCAGCAGCGACAGCAACAUCGGCCACAACGUUGGCAUCAGCCUCCUCAGUAACAGCCGCCACAUCCCUCAUGUCCUCAGAGCCCAUAGCAGCAGCAGCGGCAUCGACGUCGUCUGGAGCAGCAACAUCGGCCGAUUAUGUUAUGUUGCCACGCGAUACAGACCCCUUUUCACCAACGCGCAAGAAAAGUGAUCCCUUCGAAGAGGUGGGUGAUAUUUUCUCCAAACUGGAACCAUUCGAAUUUGAAUUUAACAGCGGCGGCGGUGUUGAACGUGAGGAGGAUAAAGCAAAAAGAAAUGCCCUCAACUCUAUAUCACCCGCCAGAGAUAGUGACAUUCAGGGGUCACAUGAUCUCCUAUCUGGUCACCUGCAAGUCAGUCUGCCACCCGAGGGUGGCUCGGCUAGUGCAAGUGGUGGUGAAGCUGCACAACCGCCGAGCACGGUGCGUUCACGGCCUGUACCUUCAUCGGCUAUAAUGGGCUCCUCAAUGCCACCUUUGGCAGGUUCGGUGCCCGGCUCCCUGUUGAAACAGCAGACAGUUGAUGUCAUCUCAAGUAUUUCCAACAAAAAAAUGCCCCAUUUGUUUGGGCAAUCUUCACGUUUCCCCAAAAGAGACUCUAACUCAAUAAAUAUGCGGCGCUUGCAAGAAUCGGAUUCUUUAAGUGAAACUGAAACUGCACCAGAACCACCACCACGACCUGAUUCGGCACCAUAUUCAGAGCCGCCUCCCUUGCCGCCCAAGAAGCAAUUUAAUGAAAUAAUUAUUCGACCAAGAUCCGGAGCCUCUGCGGCAUUAGGUGGCUCCUCUAGCCGUUACGAGAGUGUAACUUCUGCAAUGAAAUCACGCACUUCACCAGUGAGUGGGUCUGUGGAUGUACCACCAAUACCAUUGCCUUCGCGUCGAGUCGGACGCUCCGAUGGUUCCUAUCCAGGGCCGGGACGACCCAGGAAACCUGGACACACAGAAGAUGAUUAUUUGGCGCCAUUGCCGGCGACGGCGUCGUCUUCUUUGAACGCAGCUGGAAUUUCAAAUAGUCCCGAUGUGCCACCAUUGUUGCCUCCACCUACACAAAUUUCGUCCAGAUCUAGAACUCAUCGUCAGCAAUCGUUUAAUCAGUCCCACACACGACAGUCGCACGAUAUCUAUGAAAAUAAGCAGGAGAUUUUGCAACAACAACAGUUGCAAAAGCAGCAGCAGCAACAACAACAGCAACAAUCAAAGAACUCAGCUGAACCUGCUUUGGUGCCUGAUAUCACUCUCAGUCAACUGCUAACUUUGGGAAUAGACGAACUCUCGGCUAAAUUGAAUGUGCCCACAAGUAAACUAUCAACCAUGACCCUGGUGGAGUUGACAUCCUAUUUAGCAGAGUUCCUAGAACAAUCGAAACCGGAACCUGUGCCUGAAGUUCAAGAAAGGCAGAGCAUCUUCAAGGUCAACUUUGAUCAGGAGGGUACGUUUGUGGCCAAAUUCGAUGAUACCUUUGGUGAAGAUUUCCAAAAUGGGCCAUCUUCGGCUACUUCAACAUCAUUCGAGGCAAACUUUGCCCAAUUCGAUCAAGUUCAAGUGGAGCCACCAGUUGCAGGCGCGCAGUCUGGUUCUAGUGUACCGCCCGCGGAUCGCUAUGCCGUCUUCCGAGAAAUAAUAGACCAGGAGCUCCAACAAAAGCAAGAAGAGGCUGAUCUCAUUGGUGAUGUUGUUGAGAAUACCGAGAUGGGUGUACAAGAGCAGGAGACCCAAUUCGAAACAAAUUUCUCGCUUACCACAACCGAUUUGGAUAUGCCCUCCGGAUCUCAGGACCUUUUGAGUGGUGACAUGCCAGAGGUAACCUCCAGUCACCAGCCAACAAAAAUUGAUACAAAGAUAUCUGAGGUUCUCGCACAAGCCACCGAUCGUUAUGCAGCUUUGAGGGAUUUGAUAUUGGUGGAAAAUCUUUUCGAUAAUACCCAGCCUCAGGCUCCAACGACACAAGCACCAAGCCUUUCAUUGGAAACCGCCUCGGACACUGGACGUUCUGAAUCGAAAUCUCCAUUCCAAGGAUUCUCGGGCUUUAAUGAUGACGAAGACGAUCAGGAUUUGAAACAACUAAUGGACCACAGUGUUAAUCUGGAUCCAACAACACAACAACAAAGAUUGGGUCUGGUAGAUAGCCGUGGUUUCCUUGUUGAGCCUUCCUCUUCUGCCUUAACCGUGGAAGACGAAGAGGAGGAGGAAGAUCGUCGUACCAACAAGGACGAAAAAGAUGAUCAGGGUGGUGUUAGCAGCGCCGAUAGUAACGAGAAGGAAGUUGAUAAAGACAACUUACCCAUUGCCAACUAUGAGCAAUUGGCCAGUUCAAAUCAACAACUCGAACAGAUCGAAGAGAAAGUUGAAAAGUUCGAGGAAACUCCGAAAAUAAGCAUAACACAAAGCCUAACAACAACGGAAAAUAAUUUCCUUUCGACUGGUAGUGUUGUUUCCUCUUCGGCCAUGUCCGGGUCAAAGGAUGAUUUAGAAAUUGAUGACCUUAUGCAAAGAGCCAUUUCCAAUCUAUCUCUAGAUUCCAGGGAACGCAGUUCACCGGCUGUGGGCAGCAACCUGUUGCAGGCUCAACAGCAGCCACAAAUGGGAAAUAACGGCAGCACAACUAGAAAAGAAACCUCUCCUAUACCCAUUAACCAAAUGAAUCAAUCCAAAUCGCCUAGCAAUAAGUCGCCUUCACAGUUGUCGCCCCUGACCAAACCCAUGAAUGUGUUAUCGCAAAUUAUUGAUGUUGCCACCAGACAAAUGGAAAGCGAGGCAGCGGUCUCAAAAGCCUCCAAUGAAUCCUGGGCCACAUUUGAUACACCACAGCACCAACCGGUGGUGCCACCAUCAGACAAACGAGCCAGACCAUCCGCCAAGGCACUAUCCAAAUCGAAUAACUUCCUUAAUUUACCACCACCACCUGGAUCCACAUCGAAUUGUUCCCAAAACGACAGUGCACUGGAAUCUCCAUGCUCCUCAGAUCCUCGGGACGAUGGUUGGCACAAACAUGCAAUGGGUGGUAGCAGUCUUUCAUUGGGCCAUCAUUCAAAUGUUGGUGGGAGUAGCACAGGUCAAAGACGUUAUCACAAGAAAGAACGCCAGAAUACCUCAUCAUCGUCCCGAGAUCUUAGCUGGGAUGAAGAUCAAGGUGGCGGUGGCAUGAUGGGUAGUGGCCAUAUUAUGGAUGGUUAUGGUCAGACGAAACGUAUGGCUGGUCCACCACAAAGUAAUCUCACGGCAGAACGUCUCGGCUAUUAUAGACGUCAUGCGAGGCGUAUGAAUUCCUGCGACGAAGAUUAUGACUAUGAGCAAGAAUUUUCCGCCAGCAAUCGAAGCCGUGAUCCUUGUAAACAUAAACGGAAUAUCUCAAGAAGUAGGGAUAAUUUCGAUAUGGAUUCUCCUGGAUGGUAUCAUCAUCAUCCCGGCGGACCAACACAUCCACCACACCACACUUGGUCUUCACAAGACAUAGAACAAGUUAGAGGUCGUUCCUUUGAUCGUUCAGCUUAUGAACGCACUACAUAUGGACCGCCGAUUUACGAUAAGCGAGGUGUGGGUCCACCACUAUCCUCAACUUCCAGCUAUGAUCGUCGAUCUGCAGGUGUAAGUGGAGGCCCUGGAAUUGGCUAUGAUAAACGUAGCGGUAAAUAUUAUCGCGGAGAACCCAGCACAAGAACAUCAAAUGCCGAACGGAUUUAUAGUUUGGACGACUUCGAUGAAAUGUUGGCUGCCACGGGAAAAAUACCUCCACAUCUGGCCGCCAUGUAUGAAGAGAUGAAGGCGGCCUGCUGUUCGCCACAAAUGAUGGUUGGCGGUCAUCGACAACGUAGCUCUGACUAUAUGUACGAACGUGAUCGCAAAUCAUUUGAUCGCGAAAGUCUGGAGUCCUACGAUGGCUCCAAUGUACCACAGAGACGUCGCCGUCGAAGCUACGACAGUGGUGGCAUGCCUUCUGACCCAUAUGGCAGCUGUGAUAGCCGCGAUGAUUAUCAUCGUGAACGUCACUACAUGACAGCCGAAAAGAGUCGUUCAUUAAGAAAGUCAUUAAAGUCGUUGAGGGUAACGGGUGACAUCGACUAUGAACAGGACUCGGAAAAGGAAUAUCAUUAUCGGGAUCAAAGAACACGUUGUGAUACAAGAAGUCUACAAAGACCUAGUCAAUUAUCUACCCAGGGUGGAAGUGUAUUGCCGGGUGGAACGACGGGCCCAUUGGGUUCACAAUCACGCAUACGCAAGAGUAGUGGAUCUAGCCCAUGGGAUGGCGAAGAGCCCCCUAUGCCAGGUCAAAAGGUAUCUGCAUCAUCAUGGAAGCGUCCAUCCAGUGCUGCAGAUUCCGAGAGACGCUUGGCCGAAAGCAGAAGAGCUGCAGUCAAGGGACAAACUCCAUCGGGUUCAGAAGAUGAUAAAGAUCGAAGAUAUCGCAAGAAACGGGGAUCUCGGGCCAAAGAUCUGACCACACUGUCCGGUGGUAGAUAUCGUGACGGUCCCGCCAUGCGUUCCAGUAAUUACGAUUAUAUUGGUGAUUUGGAUGAUGAUGCCGAAGACUAUGUCGAUGAAGAAGAAGAGGAGGAGGAAGAAGAUCGUGCUAUUGGCGAUGAUGAAAUCUCACCCGCAGAUGAAGACAAAUUUGCCCGUCUCGAAAUGAGGCGACAUGAAAUGCAUAAUCGGAUGAUGGACACGCAUGUGCGCCGACGAAAGGAUUUACCUCCACCAACAACACAAAUGUCAUCAAUGGCCUACCGUAAAAAUGCCCCCGGGCCAUAUGUCCACAGAAAACCACUACCUCCAACAGAUGGCAAACAUGCGGCUCAUCCCCAAGAUUAUGGUUACGAUGAUGAUGGUGAGUAUGAACAGACACCAACUCCCAGAUCGAAUACCAGUAGCGCCCUGCCAACAGCAACACCCAACACAUCAACCAAAUUCAGUUUUGAUGUUGGCUUCGAAUCCGACUUUAAUCAAACUUCGCCACCACCUGCUCCAGCAGGCACGGCGUCCAGUUGUAACUCUACGCCAGCGGCAAAUGUAAGCGCGGCCAAUACGCCAGCCUCGAAAUCAUCAUUUCGAUUUUCAAACGAUUUCUCAGCUGGUCUAGAACGUGAGAAACAUUAUCAGCAACACUCAGCUGCGGGAAGUUUACAACAAUAUGACUUGGAGAAUCGUGGUAUAUCGCCACAAGCCCCUACCGCCCCCACAACACAGGCAAGCACACCAAAACUGCGUUUUGAUGACAAUGUUAAGGUAUCACAAUUCGAUGAUGCCUUUGAAGAUGACUUUUCGAAGACCAGCUUUGAUGCCUUUGAAAAUGACGAUCAAUGGCAGGAAUCCCUGACAAGAUCGGCUAAACAACAAAUUCGCAACAACAAAUUACAGCAACGUCAACAAGAUCUAAUUAAGAAAUCUGAAUCGAUAAAUAUAUUCGCCAAGAAGGUGGAGGAUCCCUUUGAAGAUGAUGACUUCUUUAAUAGUCCACCAAUACCUCCUACUGCCGGAGGCAAUAAUGAAGACAAGCAGGAUAAACAUAAGGGAAAUGGAAGUGGAUUCCAAACACAAUCUCAACAGCAGCAGCAGCAACCUAGUAACUGGGAUGAUAACAAUACAAAUUUUGCCAAAUUCGAUGAAAAUAUGUGAUUUGCUGGAUAUUUCAAAAAUUCCUAUGGCAAUUCGUCAUUGUCCUACCCACAGCAGAGCAACAACAAUAUGCUACAUAAUAGUUAUGGCGAUAUUCGUAAUGAUGUCUUAGCUGGUGAUGAUGAUGAUGACGAUGAAGAUGGUGGUGGUCACUAUGCUGAAAUAGAUGUAGUUACCUCAAACGAUUAUUACUACAUAACGAACCUCAAUCAAUACUAUGACGAACAACAUAGUGCAAAGGCCACAUACAAGUUGCCCCAGCAUCACACUCCCAUUUACAAGCCCGCCCAUCAGCAGCAUCAACAUCGUCGCUCGUGCGAUUCUUCUUCUUCUUCGUCAUGGUCCAACUACACGUACAACAAUCAUAAUAAAUAUCAAGCGAAUCGUUCGACAUCAGCAUCGGUAUUUACCCAGUGCCAUACACAACCGAAAGCGGAUAAAGGACGUUACUGUAAACAGAAAUCGUCACAGAAUAGUUGCAUUCAUGAUGAUGAUGAUGAUAAUGAUGCUACGGCUGGAGCAGGUAUAAAAAAUACCAAUAAUAUUCUACGUAAUACUCAAAAACGAUGUCGACGUAAAUUAUUUGCUUUUAAUUUUAUGCUAAAGAAUUUUAUAACGUAUCGUUUUAAAUAUGACAUUCUAUAGAUCGGACUGAAGAGCUGGUGUGGAUGGUUUAUUGUCUAUUGAUUUCAGUAUUUUUUGCAUUUAUAUAUGUUGUGGUGAAGCGCUAUAACGAAAUUAUGUUAAAGAACGGUAUGAAAAGAAUAAUACUACUCAAUACUCAUAAACGAGAAUUUUGUAAUAGAUGGUUUAAAAUAUGACAUUCUAUAGAUCGGACCGAUAAUGCGGUUUUUUGUCGUUGAAUUUAUUUUAUGCAUUUAAUUCUGUUUAAAACGCGUCACACCUGUGUGCGAUAUUUGUCUAUUUCUUGUUAAUUAUUCGCAAUUCUCUACCAAAUUGUAAACUUGCAUUUGAUCUUAUUAUUUUAUAGAGACAAAGUGUAAGACCAUUAUAAGCAUUUAACCCGAUGGGUGUGCCGAAAAAAAAUUGAAUAAUUUGCUACAAACAGUAUAUACUGGAUUGAGAAACAGCUCAAUAUGAUAAUUGCAGAAAAUGCCUUACAGAACUUUCUUUCAUUUUACAUUGACCCGAAGAUCGUGUUUGUCGGAACUAUAUGUUAUGUGAGCCCUUACUUUUUCCGCCCCACGAUGCUCAUUUUUCCAACUCGUGGUCAAUACUAAGGUAUUUAGCUUGAUAGGCAACUUUUGUCAUAGCUCUAUCCUGCAAAGGAAAAGGAAAAUUUUGUGAAAUAUAUAAAUGAGCCUUACCCAUAAGGAAUGUUAAACCAUAUUGUGGUGGUAUAUCCAACAAUUACCCGAAACUUAUUGCUAGCGACCCACAUAAAUCCUCUGUUGUGGAAAGUAAAUAAAAACAAAAACCUGGAAUGAUAAGUAGGCAAUUAUAUGCGAAAAAGUGACCAAACCACUUGAUCGCCUAUAAAAAAUUUUGCGCAUGCUUACAUCAUUGUCAGAAGGAGGAGUAAAGAUGAUGAGGAUUUCACGUCUGAUUUUGACCGGUUAAUUUUUAGGAACAUCCAGAGGUGUGGUGUGAACAGUUCUCCCCCUUCGUAUCACUGUGAAUAAAGUACUUACCUCCCAGUAACCGUUCAAUAGAACAGUCUGGAGGCCAUUUAUCUGGACGUGCUCAAGGUGUUUGAAAUGUUAUAAUGUGUAGGAUUUGCUGUUAUUGUAACAGCAAUACAUGAUUGUUUAAGAUCUGCUAAUCUGGUUCUUUAUCUAACUCCAAAUUUCAAAAUUUGGCUACCUAGAAUAAAGAUUUUCGGGCGUAUGUUGGGUGGGUUUGGUAGGCCAAUUGCAGAGAUGAAGCUUUGUGUGCUGGCCUAUAUCACACCCUAGAUAGACGUUCCACACGUUCUUAUUAAUUCGCGUCCAAUACAAAUUCGGACGGCUGAAUUGUGUCACAUUUUAACGGCAUUGUUUUACAUUUGGUUUUUGAAGUUCGUAACGGAUAACACCUCCUACGACGGAGAGUUGGGGUACGUCUUCGAUAAUUUUAGCCACAUUUUUUAACGAAAUGGUAAACCAAUUUGAAACUGAUCUAUAUACCGAUUUGAAACUGAUCUAUAUACAGUCUAUUGCAACAUUGGUGAGUUUCCAAUUCUAGCUGGAGUAUUCUGAAUAAACCCCUUAUUAGUCCGUUUCUUAAGACCAAUCUGAAGGAACAUUCCAAAAUGGGUUAUUUUAAAUUCCACUGACUUGGAAAAAUUUGACGAAUCUUUUGCUAGAUAAACAGACAUUGUGACGACGAACCAAACUGAACGAAUUGUUUGUAGCUAAAACGAUAUCUCUAUAUAUUUAUGAACAUUAUGAAUCUCAUAUAAAUUUCUAAUGCAAUAACAAUAAACAAAUUGAGAAUAAAUGUAAAUAUAUUUAAUUUAAGCAUCUUAACAAAACAUCACAUGUACAUAUUCUAUAUUAAGGGAAUGACUAUGAGAAACGUGAAAAAAAUAAAAAAGAUAAUUGGAUGAAGGACAAAUUUGAAGAGCACUGUUAGAGCGAGAAAAUUAUUAUUUACGCUAUUAUAAACAUUAUUGUAUAUUAAAAGAAAAAAAAUCUAGAAUCAUGUUGGGUUACACAAAGUUCUACAUUUAAUUUAGUUUUUUUUCUCCUUGCCGAUUUCCUAUAAAUGAAAAACUAUCGAACAAAACAAAACAAAGAUACGAUAAGAAAACUUCUAGAUCUAAGCAAAAUAUUUCAAAAAAUCUAUCCUAAACUAGUGAAAAAUAUAUUUUAGAAAAAAAAACCACGCAUACACCCCAAAACAAUUUCUAUAUUCUGUCCGUUUCAAGGUUUUCUUAUUAUAUAAAUAGUCCUAGAAUAAAGUUAUUUAUAAAAAAUAAAAUAAUAUUAUUUAAAGAAAAAAAAAAA